AUGAAGGUUGGACGUGCCCAUCUUGGUACCCAUCCGAUUGCUUCGGUCACAGACUUACAUUCGUCUUUUGGCCAUACGGACCGCCUGGGGUAUUUGCGCCGCGAGAUUCUCUGUAAACACGGGUUAAUGGACGAUAAAAAUGAUAGGGAAGGUAAAGACAAAUGGUAUACGCAGAUCAAGUAUUGGUCCAAGAAAGGGAUGAAGAUGGUGUCGAUAUCUAUGGACGACGACGACCAUUUCACUUUUCAAACAACGUGGAUGGCCGACAUGUUAGUCCUUAAAGAAGAAGACGGCGAGGCAUACUCAGGCGGCCUCCUCUCGGAUGUGACAUACAAGUUUUUUUUAAACGGAUACUUGUUAACUACCUCGAUGUUCAACGAAAAACUCCAGCGCUGGGUCCCCAUCCUACUGUCAUGGCUAGGAGAUCGGGAAAAAAGAAGACUGGUCGAACAGGUAGUAGAUUUUUCAGCAGCGCAGAAAAAUGGCUUCAUAGAUGCCUACAUGGAGGUGUUCAACGUCCAUGAUCGAAAAAUUGCAUUCUUGAAGCUGCAUGGAUGCGAACAACACUAUCAACAAGCAGUCACUCGAAUUUCGAAAAAUCAUAAGAUUGUCAAGGUGAAUAUGGUGGCUACUUGGAAGACUAAAUGUAGAGAACUCCUUCUUCCGGACGAACCUGGCCGCGAAGACCUCGAAACUCGAUUCAAAGAGUUGCGCCGAUUGUUUCCCUUAGCGAAAAGGUGGAUAGACUGGUGGCACGCGGCCGAUGUUCAAGCAAUGCUCUUCCCGGCGCGCAAACGCAUACCUGAGGAUGACCCCCCGUUGCCCGAAGAGGACAGUUCAGAAGACGAGACAGGCAAUCGAGAUAAGCGACGCAGGCGCCCUGAAUUGCCAAAAACAACGAAUGCACAAGAAUCUUUACAUCGUGUUUAUUACAUGCUCUGUGAUGGCAAGUGUAGUAUCAUCGAAGGGAUGAUACAACUCUUUGCCUUUGUCUCUUGCUUAGAGCGCGACUACCAGGCUCGGUUGAAAGGUAUUCCUGUCACUUAUGGUUCCAGCAAGGAAACGUGGCAAGAGGUUGUAACCUCUUUAGGCAUGGCCAAACCAACCAAACGUCGUUUCGUCGCCAAUGACGGCCGUGCUCCAGACACCACGAAGGAACUCCUCGAUUACGACAAAUCGAAAGGAAAAAAAGCGUCAAAGAAAAAAGGCCCUGCACGCCCUCAAGGUUCCCAGAACAUUAAUCGAAGCGCUUUAACCACGUAUCAGUCUUAUACCGCGGGAAGGACUGUGGGAUCGCGAAACCGUUGUUGGAUGUCGGCCACACUCGAAUCAUUAUACGCGCUUUGGGGACCUCUCUGGAGCGACCGUACCCAUGUUAAUGGAACAUCUUUAGUCACUAUCAUUAUCCGACAUUUCACUGGGCGAUUGGACGUUGAAUUGAAUGAAGGUAAACACCUCGCUGGAUUGUUGACCCGAGGCCAGAACAUAAUUCACAAGGAAAUUCAAAAGAUCAAACCCGAGUCUUACAAGUCUGACGAGUUCUGUUCUGCCGAUGGCUUCAUGGAUAUGAUAGUAGAGCACGCUUACAUCAGGCCAAUGUUUGCACUCGACGUAACGAAGACCUUGAUCUGCCCUUCCAACAUCCAACAUACUCGAAGCACAACUAGAUCUAUAGCUGUGUUACGGAUUUUGCCUUUGAUGUUCAGAGAAACUUCCCUUGCGUAUGGAGAACUCGACACUUUGCUCCAAGAAUGGAUCAACGAUGUAUCAUCACCCAACCUGGCUUGGUAUGCCGUCAAUGUCAUCCAAAGACGCUCAAAGGCGACGAAGUCAAAGAGCCAACAAUGCUCGAACAACGAAAGAAAACGUUAUAUGGGCGACGCCAACUGGCCAGCGCGAAUCAUCAUUGGAGUGGCUCAAUAUCAGUUGAUAACACGUGGCUUUUGGGGCGGUAAUCACUAUUGGUGUCAGCUGGUGCGUUCAGUGGAAGGCGUUUUAGGAGUUUGGCAUUACGACGAGCUUAAAAACGGAGGUUUUGCCCAGCUGGUCUCCCGCGACGUGGACACUAUUGCUGGGUGUAUUCCGGAAACCAGCUGGACGUGCUACAUGCGGAUUCCUUUUGAACCUGAAAAAACCAAGAUCAAGCAUUCACUUAUUGAAAUGAUGAACAAGUUUCCUAACCAGCACUUCAGGAUCCCUUUCUCAAUGCCGACCAACACCUCACCUUUCGGAGGAGGGCUUCCCUCAGCUGAAGAGCCGAUUGAAUCCCCUUUAAGUACCUCCAUCUUGCCCGAUGGAGGUACAAUGGACCUUGGUACUAACAUGGACAUCUCACCACGUCAACUUUCAAAUGCGGGACACGAAAUUGAUCAUAAUCAAAUGAAUGAAGACCUUCUCUACGGGAAUCUACACCGUUGCAUUGAGGAUGACAUCAUAGGGACCGAGGAGGCCGCCGCCAACGUUGAUGAAGAUGCGCUUUCUCAACAUUCUUCUGAGAAAGCUUCUGAUUCUGAGGAACUCGGGCCACCUUUGAACGCUGUGAAAUUCAAGAUCAAGUUGGCGGUCCCCAAGGUUGAUCAUGUGAAAGAGGAAUUUGUUCCACCUCGUACCCAAAGCGCUCGCCAGGCUAAGUCUGUUCCCUUGAAAGCGGACCACAGCGCAGGUAAAAGGAAGGCUCCCGCUGCUAAGUCUAACGUGGACAACGCUUCAGCAGCAGCAAAACGAAAGGCAUCGGCAGAAAAGCGAAGGGCAACGGCUGAGAAGCGCAAGGCUGCAGCUGCGGAGGGCCGCAAGGCUGCAGCUGAGAAGCGCAUGCGGCUUAAGAAGUUGCGGGAGGAGUAA